AUGGCAUCCCAGGUCCUGCAGCUGCCCCAGCAGGACGUGUGGGCUGUGCUCACUGGCAGCUGGUACCAUGUCCCUGAGCACAGCAAGUUCAGGAACAGCUGCCACCUCUACCUGUGGCUAUUCCUGCUGCUGCUGCCCCUGACCUUACACCCAAGAACUUAA